CUGCGUGAACACAUGGCAUGUUGCUUGAAGUGCAUGCUUUUCUAGGGCAGGAUAGCAUCUCUGGCUCUGGCUCUAGGGCCAUCUGCUUAUAAAGAAGGGAUGUGUUGAUCAAAAACUGCAGGAGAGCAGUAUUAGUAAGAUGUGAAUGGAGAAGCGGGAGUGUCAAGAAGAGAAAUUGGAUAUCCAUACAAUUUUAAACUGCUUUGCAUUAAAAAGCAAACAGCACUACUUCUCCCUAAAGUAAUCCAUUACUGACAAUUAAUGUCAAACUGCAUGCUGGAGCAGCUUAAUGCUGCCUUGCCGGGAGAAACACUGCUAAUGGAAAGAAAGCCUUAUAAGAUCCAACACAUUAAAAUACACCUAAAUGCAGCAUAAUGCCUUCAAAAGUCUCAUGCUUAUACCUGUUGACAGUGGUCUGCUGGGCAAGCGCUCUGUGGUAUUUGAGCAUAUCACGCCCAACACCCUCUUAUGUAGGGCAGAUAUCUGUGCCUAUACGGAAGACUGUGAAACCCCACAAAAACAUCACCUUCAGCAACAUCCGCACCCGCCCCCUCAACCCACAUGCCUUUGAUUUUGUCAUCAAUGAGCCGAAAAAGUGUGAAACAAUCACGCCCUUUCUGGUCAUCCUCAUCAGCACCACACACAAGGAGUUUGACGCCCGGCAGGCCAUCCGGGAGACCUGGGGCGACGAGAGCACGUUCAGCGACGUCCGGAUCAUCACCAUCUUUCUGCUGGGCAGGAACACAGACACUGUCCUGAACCAGAUGGUGGAGCAGGAGAGCCAGAUCUUCCAUGACAUCGUCGUGGAGGAUUUCAUCGACUCCUACCACAACCUCACCCUCAAGACCCUGAUGGGCAUGCGCUGGGUGGCCACGUUCUGCCCCAAAGCCCAGUAUGUCAUGAAGACAGACAGCGACAUCUUUGUCAACAUGGACAAUCUGAUCUACAAGCUGCUGAAGCCCACCACCAAGCCGCGGAGGAGAUACUUUACUGGCUAUGUGAUAAACGGUGGCCCGAUAAGGGAUAUGCGCAGUAAAUGGUACAUGCCCAGAGACUUGUACCCUGAGAGCAAAUACCCUCCGUUCUGCUCGGGCACCGGCUACGUGUUCUCAGCAGAUGUAGCAGAGCUAAUCUAUAAGACUUCUUUGCACACCAGACUGUUACACCUGGAGGAUGUGUACGUGGGACUGUGUUUGCGUAAGUUGGGCAUACACCCUUAUCAGAACAGUGGUUUUAAUCACUGGAAAAUGGCCUACAGUCUCUGCAGGUACCGGCGGGUUAUCACUGUCCACCAGAUCUCCCCGGAGGAGAUGCAUCGCAUUUGGAAUGACAUGUCCAGCAAGAAGCACCUGAGAUGUUAGGGACACGGGGACCACUGAACUACGGGGCCACUAAUUGUGUUUUCUUUUGCCUUUUUUUUUACCUCUAUUUUGAACUUCAUCAGUUAAACUGAAUAUUGUAAAACACAGUGAGGGCUGCUGCAGGUCUCUAUAUCAUGACAGCUGUUACCAUCCAUCUAUAGCCUACCGUACGUCUGUUUCUACUGAAUCCACGAUUCCAUGAUUGUUAAUAAGUGCAUGGGGCUUCUACAGCGCAUAUUCUCAUGCAUAACUCAAACGUGCACUGUGUUGUUAUUUAAAGUCAUCCUGUUAUUGUACUCCAGUUCCAGUCUAAACAGAAUACACUUUACAUGCUUGUUUUUGAAUAAAUCAUGAAGUCAGACUUAUGGGCAGGAGAGUGACCAAAUGAUUAGACAGACCUUCCUUCAACCACAUGACUUUGGUUCAAGCGCUCAUGAUUAGCAAGCAUUCUGCCCUACUAAAGUGUCCUUGAGCAAGACACUGAAUAACUAUCAGCACCUGAGCUGACACACUCUGGCCUCCCUGGAGGGGUGCAACAAAAAAAGAGACUUACAGCAUACAGGGAUCAAUAUACAGUAUCUUUCUAUUGUUACACCUAUAAUAUAGUAAAUUAUAAUGUGAAUGAAAGUGAGAGGUGUUGUUUAAGACUGAGAACUCCAGUGUAAAUCUAGUCUGACUGCAAACCAGGUCAUCUCUUGGGACUGAACAUUUGCAUCAUGCUCUCCCAGUGCAACAGUCCAUCAGUCAGAUCCAAAGCUGCUGCAGUAUCGUAAUAAUGUUAUCAGUCUGCAAGACCAAGCUGAAAUGUAAUUUGCUAUUUUUCUUCUGAUAAUUUCAUGCAAGACACUAGUGGUAGUGAAGUCAUGUAGCUGAGUUCACCGGAUGCUCUGUUAUUAUCAAUUUGCCUGAUCUUUUUGUUUACAUGUUGCCAUGAUGUUGCUGCCUCUUCUUUAUGAAAAGAAAACAAAAAAAAAAAAAAACAGUGAUAUGAUUUUGGCUUUUUGAUGCAAUGAGUUGUUUUCCGUUUUGAGAAUAUUGUUGAGAAUAUUUUUUUUUAUUUUUGGGGGUUAAUUAUGUGUGUCAGCUACUUGCUUCUCAUUAAGCUAGUUCCAGCCCUUGGUAAUGUACGCUGUAUGUCGACAGCUGUUUCAGCUCAUCAGCAUUACCAUGCAUCAAUAGAAAUACAGUAUCACGUUGUGCAAGUAAGAUUUUAAUUGUAGCUAAGACCGUUCCAGAGUGGAUGUAUUAUCAUGUGUAUCUGGCAUAUCAGUAAUUACUGAAGCACUGUUACUGAAAUAGUGUUAAAUUUUUAUAUUUUCUAGAACGUGAAUGGCUUCCAUGGCCAAAUUUCAUUUUAUUUAUUUAUUUUUCUUUUGUUCCUUUCCAAAAGUUUCUAGUAUUAUAAGCUAAUGUGACAUUUACUGUGAAAGCAUCUAUCCCGAAAGGGGUUGUUGUUAUAUAUUGUAUGUUUUUUAUAUUAAAAAACAAAUACUUGAAUAAUUAAAGUUAUAUUAUUGCUUUUA